AUGGACCGGUUGGACCAACUGGCCUGUUGGUCCGAUGGACCGGUUGGACCAACUGGCCUGUUGGUCCGAUGGACCGGUUGGACCAACUGGCCUGUUGGUCCGAUGGACCGGUUGGACCAACUGGCCUGUUGGUCCGAUGGACCGGUUGGACCAACUGGCCUGUUGGUCCGAUGGACCGGUUGGACCAACUGGCCUGUUGGUCCGAUGGACCGGUUGGACCAACUGGCCUGUUGGUCCGAUGGACCGGUUGGACCAACUGGCCUGUUGGUCCGAUGGACCGGUUGGACCAACUGGCCUGUUGGUCCGAUGGACCGGUUGGACCAACUGGCCUGUUGGUCCGAUGGACCGGUUGGACCAACUGGCCUGUUGGUCCGAUGGACCGGUUGGACCAACUGGCCUGUUGGUCCGAUGGACCGGUUGGACCAACUGGCCUGUUGGUCCGAUGGACCGGUUGGACCAACUGGCCUGUUGGUCCGAUGGACCGGUUGGACCAACUGGCCUGUUGGUCCGAUGGACCGGUUGGACCAACUGGCCUGUUGGUCCGAUGGACCGGUUGGACCAACUGGCCUGUUGGUCCGAUGGACCGGUUGGACCAACUGGCCUGUUGGUCCGAUGGACCGGUUGGACCAACUGGCCUGUUGGUCCGAUGGACCGGUUGGACCAACUGGCCUGUUGGUCCGAUGGACCGGUUGGACCAACUGGCCUGUUGGUCCGAUGGACCGGUUGGACCAACUGGCCUGUUGGUCCGAUGGACCGGUUGGACCAACUGGCCUGUUGGUCCGAUGGACCGGUUGGACCAACUGGCCUGUUGGUCCGAUGGACCGGUUGGACCAACUGGCCUGUUGGUCCGAUGGACCGGUUGGACCAACUGGCCUGUUGGUCCGAUGGACCGGUUGGACCAACUGGCCUGUUGGUCCGAUGGACCGGUUGGACCAACUGGCCUGUUGGUCCGAUGGACCGGUUGGACCAACUGGCCUGUUGGUCCGAUGGACCGGUUGGACCAACUGGCCUGUUGGUCCGAUGGACCGGUUGGACCAACUGGCCUGUUGGUCCGAUGGACCGGUUGGACCAACUGGCCUGUUGGUCCGAUGGACCGGUUGGACCAACUGGCCUGUUGGUCCGAUGGACCGGUUGGACCAACUGGCCUGUUGGUCCGAUGGACCGGUUGGACCAACUGGCCUGUUGGUCCGAUGGACCGGUUGGACCAACUGGCCUGUUGGUCCGAUGGACCGGUUGGACCAACUGGCCUGUUGGUCCGAUGGACCGGUUGGACCAACUGGCCUGUUGGUCCGAUGGACCGGUUGGACCAACUGGCCUGUUGGUCCGAUGGACCGGUUGGACCAACUGGCCUGUUGGUCCGAUGGACCGGUUGGACCAACUGGCCUGUUGGUCCGAUGGACCGGUUGGACCAACUGGCCUGUUGGUCCGAUGGACCGGUUGGACCAACUGGCCUGUUGGUCCGAUGGACCGGUUGGACCAACUGGCCUGUUGGUCCGAUGGACCGGUUGGACCAACUGGCCUGUUGGUCCGAUGGACCGGUUGGACCAACUGGCCUGUUGGUCCGAUGGACCGGUUGGACCAACUGGCCUGUUGGUCCGAUGGACCGGUUGGACCAACUGGCCUGUUGGUCCGAUGGACCGGUUGGACCAACUGGCCUGUUGGUCCGAUGGACCGGUUGGACCAACUGGCCUGUUGGUCCGAUGGACCGGUUGGACCAACUGGCCUGUUGGUCCGAUGGACCGGUUGGACCAACUGGCCUGUUGGUCCGAUGGACCGGUUGGACCAACUGGCCUGUUGGUCCGAUGGACCGGUUGGACCAACUGGCCUGUUGGUCCGAUGGACCGGUUGGACCAACUGGCCUGUUGGUCCGAUGGACCGGUUGGACCAACUGGCCUGUUGGUCCGAUGGACCGGUUGGACCAACUGGCCUGUUGGUCCGAUGGACCGGUUGGACCAACUGGCCUGUUGGUCCGAUGGACCGGUUGGACCAACUGGCCUGUUGGUCCGAUGGACCGGUUGGACCAACUGGCCUGUUGGUCCGAUGGACCGGUUGGACCAACUGGCCUGUUGGUCCGAUGGACCGGUUGGACCAACUGGCCUGUUGGUCCGAUGGACCGGUUGGACCAACUGGCCUGUUGGUCCGAUGGACCGGUUGGACCAACUGGCCUGUUGGUCCGAUGGACCGGUUGGACCAACUGGCCUGUUGGUCCGAUGGACCGGUUGGACCAACUGGCCUGUUGGUCCGAUGGACCGGUUGGACCAACUGGCCUGUUGGUCCGAUGGACCGGUUGGACCAACUGGCCUGUUGGUCCGAUGGACCGGUUGGACCAACUGGCCUGUUGGUCCGAUGGACCGGUUGGACCAACUGGCCUGUUGGUCCGAUGGACCGGUUGGACCAACUGGCCUGUUGGUCCGAUGGACCGGUUGGACCAACUGGCCUGUUGGUCCGAUGGACCGGUUGGACCAACUGGCCUGUUGGUCCGAUGGACCGGUUGGACCAACUGGCCUGUUGGUCCGAUGGACCGGUUGGACCAACUGGCCUGUUGGUCCGAUGGACCGGUUGGACCAACUGGCCUGUUGGUCCGAUGGACCGGUUGGACCAACUGGCCUGUUGGUCCGAUGGACCGGUUGGACCAACUGGCCUGUUGGUCCGAUGGACCGGUUGGACCAACUGGCCUGUUGGUCCGAUGGACCGGUUGGACCAACUGGCCUGUUGGUCCGAUGGACCGGUUGGACCAACUGGCCUGUUGGUCCGAUGGACCGGUUGGACCAACUGGCCUGUUGGUCCGAUGGACCGGUUGGACCAACUGGCCUGUUGGUCCGAUGGACCGGUUGGACCAACUGGCCUGUUGGUCCGAUGGACCGGUUGGACCAACUGGCCUGUUGGUCCGAUGGACCGGUUGGACCAACUGGCCUGUUGGUCCGAUGGACCGGUUGGACCAACUGGCCUGUUGGUCCGAUGGACCGGUUGGACCAACUGGCCUGUUGGUCCGAUGGACCGGUUGGACCAACUGGCCUGUUGGUCCGAUGGACCGGUUGGACCAACUGGCCUGUUGGUCCGAUGGACCGGUUGGACCAACUGGCCUGUUGGUCCGAUGGACCGGUUGGACCAACUGGCCUGUUGGUCCGAUGGACCGGUUGGACCAACUGGCCUGUUGGUCCGAUGGACCGGUUGGACCAACUGGCCUGUUGGUCCGAUGGACCGGUUGGACCAACUGGCCUGUUGGUCCGAUGGACCGGUUGGACCAACUGGCCUGUUGGUCCGAUGGACCGGUUGGACCAACUGGCCUGUUGGUCCGAUGGACCGGUUGGACCAACUGGCCUGUUGGUCCGAUGGACCGGUUGGACCAACUGGCCUGUUGGUCCGAUGGACCGGUUGGACCAACUGGCCUGUUGGUCCGAUGGACCGGUUGGACCAACUGGCCUGUUGGUCCGAUGGACCGGUUGGACCAACUGGCCUGUUGGUCCGAUGGACCGGUUGGACCAACUGGCCUGUUGGUCCGAUGGACCGGUUGGACCAACUGGCCUGUUGGUCCGAUGGACCGGUUGGACCAACUGGCCUGUUGGUCCGAUGGACCGGUUGGACCAACUGGCCUGUUGGUCCGAUGGACCGGUUGGACCAACUGGCCUGUUGGUCCGAUGGACCGGUUGGACCAACUGGCCUGUUGGUCCGAUGGACCGGUUGGACCAACUGGCCUGUUGGUCCGAUGGACCGGUUGGACCAACUGGCCUGUUGGUCCGAUGGACCGGUUGGACCAACUGGCCUGUUGGUCCGAUGGACCGGUUGGACCAACUGGCCUGUUGGUCCGAUGGACCGGUUGGACCAACUGGCCUGUUGGUCCGAUGGACCGGUUGGACCAACUGGCCUGUUGGUCCGAUGGACCGGUUGGACCAACUGGCCUGUUGGUCCGAUGGACCGGUUGGACCAACUGGCCUGUUGGUCCGAUGGACCGGUUGGACCAACUGGCCUGUUGGUCCGAUGGACCGGUUGGACCAACUGGCCUGUUGGUCCGAUGGACCGGUUGGACCAACUGGCCUGUUGGUCCGAUGGACCGGUUGGACCAACUGGCCUGUUGGUCCGAUGGACCGGUUGGACCAACUGGCCUGUUGGUCCGAUGGACCGGUUGGACCAACUGGCCUGUUGGUCCGAUGGACCGGUUGGACCAACUGGCCUGUUGGUCCGAUGGACCGGUUGGACCAACUGGCCUGUUGGUCCGAUGGACCGGUUGGACCAACUGGCCUGUUGGUCCGAUGGACCGGUUGGACCAACUGGCCUGUUGGUCCGAUGGACCGGUUGGACCAACUGGCCUGUUGGUCCGAUGGACCGGUUGGACCAACUGGCCUGUUGGUCCGAUGGACCGGUUGGACCAACUGGCCUGUUGGUCCGAUGGACCGGUUGGACCAACUGGCCUGUUGGUCCGAUGGACCGGUUGGACCAACUGGCCUGUUGGUCCGAUGGACCGGUUGGACCAACUGGCCUGUUGGUCCGAUGGACCGGUUGGACCAACUGGCCUGUUGGUCCGAUGGACCGGUUGGACCAACUGGCCUGUUGGUCCGAUGGACCGGUUGGACCAACUGGCCUGUUGGUCCGAUGGACCGGUUGGACCAACUGGCCUGUUGGUCCGAUGGACCGGUUGGACCAACUGGCCUGUUGGUCCGAUGGACCGGUUGGACCAACUGGCCUGUUGGUCCGAUGGACCGGUUGGACCAACUGGCCUGUUGGUCCGAUGGACCGGUUGGACCAACUGGCCUGUUGGUCCGAUGGACCGGUUGGACCAACUGGCCUGUUGGUCCGAUGGACCGGUUGGACCAACUGGCCUGUUGGUCCGAUGGACCGGUUGGACCAACUGGCCUGUUGGUCCGAUGGACCGGUUGGACCAACUGGCCUGUUGGUCCGAUGGACCGGUUGGACCAACUGGCCUGUUGGUCCGAUGGACCGGUUGGACCAACUGGCCUGUUGGUCCGAUGGACCGGUUGGACCAACUGGCCUGUUGGUCCGAUGGACCGGUUGGACCAACUGGCCUGUUGGUCCGAUGGACCGGUUGGACCAACUGGCCUGUUGGUCCGAUGGACCGGUUGGACCAACUGGCCUGUUGGUCCGAUGGACCGGUUGGACCAACUGGCCUGUUGGUCCGAUGGACCGGUUGGACCAACUGGCCUGUUGGUCCGAUGGACCGGUUGGACCAACUGGCCUGUUGGUCCGAUGGACCGGUUGGACCAACUGGCCUGUUGGUCCGAUGGACCGGUUGGACCAACUGGCCUGUUGGUCCGAUGGACCGGUUGGACCAACUGGCCUGUUGGUCCGAUGGACCGGUUGGACCAACUGGCCUGUUGGUCCGAUGGACCGGUUGGACCAACUGGCCUGUUGGUCCGAUGGACCGGUUGGACCAACUGGCCUGUUGGUCCGAUGGACCGGUUGGACCAACUGGCCUGUUGGUCCGAUGGACCGGUUGGACCAACUGGCCUGUUGGUCCGAUGGACCGGUUGGACCAACUGGCCUGUUGGUCCGAUGGACCGGUUGGACCAACUGGCCUGUUGGUCCGAUGGACCGGUUGGACCAACUGGCCUGUUGGUCCGAUGGACCGGUUGGACCAACUGGCCUGUUGGUCCGAUGGACCGGUUGGACCAACUGGCCUGUUGGUCCGAUGGACCGGUUGGACCAACUGGCCUGUUGGUCCGAUGGACCGGUUGGACCAACUGGCCUGUUGGUCCGAUGGACCGGUUGGACCAACUGGCCUGUUGGUCCGAUGGACCGGUUGGACCAACUGGCCUGUUGGUCCGAUGGACCGGUUGGACCAACUGGCCUGUUGGUCCGAUGGACCGGUUGGACCAACUGGCCUGUUGGUCCGAUGGACCGGUUGGACCAACUGGCCUGUUGGUCCGAUGGACCGGUUGGACCAACUGGCCUGUUGGUCCGAUGGACCGGUUGGACCAACUGGCCUGUUGGUCCGAUGGACCGGUUGGACCAACUGGCCUGUUGGUCCGAUGGACCGGUUGGACCAACUGGCCUGUUGGUCCGAUGGACCGGUUGGACCAACUGGCCUGUUGGUCCGAUGGACCGGUUGGACCAACUGGCCUGUUGGUCCGAUGGACCGGUUGGACCAACUGGCCUGUUGGUCCGAUGGACCGGUUGGACCAACUGGCCUGUUGGUCCGAUGGACCGGUUGGACCAACUGGCCUGUUGGUCCGAUGGACCGGUUGGACCAACUGGCCUGUUGGUCCGAUGGACCGGUUGGACCAACUGGCCUGUUGGUCCGAUGGACCGGUUGGACCAACUGGCCUGUUGGUCCGAUGGACCGGUUGGACCAACUGGCCUGUUGGUCCGAUGGACCGGUUGGACCAACUGGCCUGUUGGUCCGAUGGACCGGUUGGACCAACUGGCCUGUUGGUCCGAUGGACCGGUUGGACCAACUGGCCUGUUGGUCCGAUGGACCGGUUGGACCAACUGGCCUGUUGGUCCGAUGGACCGGUUGGACCAACUGGCCUGUUGGUCCGAUGGACCGGUUGGACCAACUGGCCUGUUGGUCCGAUGGACCGGUUGGACCAACUGGCCUGUUGGUCCGAUGGACCGGUUGGACCAACUGGCCUGUUGGUCCGAUGGACCGGUUGGACCAACUGGCCUGUUGGUCCGAUGGACCGGUUGGACCAACUGGCCUGUUGGUCCGAUGGACCGGUUGGACCAACUGGCCUGUUGGUCCGAUGGACCGGUUGGACCAACUGGCCUGUUGGUCCGAUGGACCGGUUGGACCAACUGGCCUGUUGGUCCGAUGGACCGGUUGGACCAACUGGCCUGUUGGUCCGAUGGACCGGUUGGACCAACUGGCCUGUUGGUCCGAUGGACCGGUUGGACCAACUGGCCUGUUGGUCCGAUGGACCGGUUGGACCAACUGGCCUGUUGGUCCGAUGGACCGGUUGGACCAACUGGCCUGUUGGUCCGAUGGACCGGUUGGACCAACUGGCCUGUUGGUCCGAUGGACCGGUUGGACCAACUGGCCUGUUGGUCCGAUGGACCGGUUGGACCAACUGGCCUGUUGGUCCGAUGGACCGGUUGGACCAACUGGCCUGUUGGUCCGAUGGACCGGUUGGACCAACUGGCCUGUUGGUCCGAUGGACCGGUUGGACCAACUGGCCUGUUGGUCCGAUGGACCGGUUGGACCAACUGGCCUGUUGGUCCGAUGGACCGGUUGGACCAACUGGCCUGUUGGUCCGAUGGACCGGUUGGACCAACUGGCCUGUUGGUCCGAUGGACCGGUUGGACCAACUGGCCUGUUGGUCCGAUGGACCGGUUGGACCAACUGGCCUGUUGGUCCGAUGGACCGGUUGGACCAACUGGCCUGUUGGUCCGAUGGACCGGUUGGACCAACUGGCCUGUUGGUCCGAUGGACCGGUUGGACCAACUGGCCUGUUGGUCCGAUGGACCGGUUGGACCAACUGGCCUGUUGGUCCGAUGGACCGGUUGGACCAACUGGCCUGUUGGUCCGAUGGACCGGUUGGACCAACUGGCCUGUUGGUCCGAUGGACCGGUUGGACCAACUGGCCUGUUGGUCCGAUGGACCGGUUGGACCAACUGGCCUGUUGGUCCGAUGGACCGGUUGGACCAACUGGCCUGUUGGUCCGAUGGACCGGUUGGACCAACUGGCCUGUUGGUCCGAUGGACCGGUUGGACCAACUGGCCUGUUGGUCCGAUGGACCGGUUGGACCAACUGGCCUGUUGGUCCGAUGGACCGGUUGGACCAACUGGCCUGUUGGUCCGAUGGACCGGUUGGACCAACUGGCCUGUUGGUCCGAUGGACCGGUUGGACCAACUGGCCUGUUGGUCCGAUGGACCGGUUGGACCAACUGGCCUGUUGGUCCGAUGGACCGGUUGGACCAACUGGCCUGUUGGUCCGAUGGACCGGUUGGACCAACUGGCCUGUUGGUCCGAUGGACCGGUUGGACCAACUGGCCUGUUGGUCCGAUGGACCGGUUGGACCAACUGGCCUGUUGGUCCGAUGGACCGGUUGGACCAACUGGCCUGUUGGUCCGAUGGACCGGUUGGACCAACUGGCCUGUUGGUCCGAUGGACCGGUUGGACCAACUGGCCUGUUGGUCCGAUGGACCGGUUGGACCAACUGGCCUGUUGGUCCGAUGGACCGGUUGGACCAACUGGCCUGUUGGUCCGAUGGACCGGUUGGACCAACUGGCCUGUUGGUCCGAUGGACCGGUUGGACCAACUGGCCUGUUGGUCCGAUGGACCGGUUGGACCAACUGGCCUGUUGGUCCGAUGGACCGGUUGGACCAACUGGCCUGUUGGUCCGAUGGACCGGUUGGACCAACUGGCCUGUUGGUCCGAUGGACCGGUUGGACCAACUGGCCUGUUGGUCCGAUGGACCGGUUGGACCAACUGGCCUGUUGGUCCGAUGGACCGGUUGGACCAACUGGCCUGUUGGUCCGAUGGACCGGUUGGACCAACUGGCCUGUUGGUCCGAUGGACGGUUGGACCAACUGGCCUGUUGGUCCGAUGGACCGGUUGGACCAACUGGCCUGUUGGUCCGAUGGACCGGUUGGACCAACUGGCCUGUUGGUCCGAUGGACCGGUUGGACCAACUGGCCUGUUGGUCCGAUGGACCGGUUGGACCAACUGGCCUGUUGGUCCGAUGGACCGGUUGGACCAACUGGCCUGUUGGUCCGAUGGACCGGUUGGACCAACUGGCCUGUUGGUCCGAUGGACCGGUUGGACCAACUGGCCUGUUGGUCCGAUGGACCGGUUGGACCAACUGGCCUGUUGGUCCGAUGGACCGGUUGGACCAACUGGCCUGUUGGUCCGAUGGACCGGUUGGACCAACUGGCCUGUUGGUCCGAUGGACCGGUUGGACCAACUGGCCUGUUGGUCCGAUGGACCGGUUGGACCAACUGGCCUGUUGGUCCGAUGGACCGGUUGGACCAACUGGCCUGUUGGUCCGAUGGACCGGUUGGACCAACUGGCCUGUUGGUCCGAUGGACCGGUUGGACCAACUGGCCUGUUGGUCCGAUGGACCGGUUGGACCAACUGGCCUGUUGGUCCGAUGGACCGGUUGGACCAACUGGCCUGUUGGUCCGAUGGACCGGUUGGACCAACUGGCCUGUUGGUCCGAUGGACCGGUUGGACCAACUGGCCUGUUGGUCCGAUGGACCGGUUGGACCAACUGGCCUGUUGGUCCGAUGGACCGGUUGGACCAACUGGCCUGUUGGUCCGAUGGACCGGUUGGACCAACUGGCCUGUUGGUCCGAUGGACCGGUUGGACCAACUGGCCUGUUGGUCCGAUGGACCGGUUGGACCAACUGGCCUGUUGGUCCGAUGGACCGGUUGGACCAACUGGCCUGUUGGUCCGAUGGACCGGUUGGACCAACUGGCCUGUUGGUCCGAUGGACCGGUUGGACCAACUGGCCUGUUGGUCCGAUGGACCGGUUGGACCAACUGGCCUGUUGGUCCGAUGGACCGGUUGGACCAACUGGCCUGUUGGUCCGAUGGACCGGUUGGACCAACUGGCCUGUUGGUCCGAUGGACCGGUUGGACCAACUGGCCUGUUGGUCCGAUGGACCGGUUGGACCAACUGGCCUGUUGGUCCGAUGGACCGGUUGGACCAACUGGCCUGUUGGUCCGAUGGACCGGUUGGACCAACUGGCCUGUUGGUCCGAUGGACCGGUUGGACCAACUGGCCUGUUGGUCCGAUGGACCGGUUGGACCAACUGGCCUGUUGGUCCGAUGGACCGGUUGGACCAACUGGCCUGUUGGUCCGAUGGACCGGUUGGACCAACUGGCCUGUUGGUCCGAUGGACCGGUUGGACCAACUGGCCUGUUGGUCCGAUGGACCGGUUGGACCAACUGGCCUGUUGGUCCGAUGGACCGGUUGGACCAACUGGCCUGUUGGUCCGAUGGACCGGUUGGACCAACUGGCCUGUUGGUCCGAUGGACCGGUUGGACCAACUGGCCUGUUGGUCCGAUGGACCGGUUGGACCAACUGGCCUGUUGGUCCGAUGGACCGGUUGGACCAACUGGCCUGUUGGUCCGAUGGACCGGUUGGACCAACUGGCCUGUUGGUCCGAUGGACCGGUUGGACCAACUGGCCUGUUGGUCCGAUGGACCGGUUGGACCAACUGGCCUGUUGGUCCGAUGGACCGGUUGGACCAACUGGCCUGUUGGUCCGAUGGACCGGUUGGACCAACUGGCCUGUUGGUCCGAUGGACCGGUUGGACCAACUGGCCUGUUGGUCCGAUGGACCGGUUGGACCAACUGGCCUGUUGGUCCGAUGGACCGGUUGGACCAACUGGCCUGUUGGUCCGAUGGACCGGUUGGACCAACUGGCCUGUUGGUCCGAUGGACCGGUUGGACCAACUGGCCUGUUGGUCCGAUGGACCGGUUGGACCAACUGGCCUGUUGGUCCGAUGGACCGGUUGGACCAACUGGCCUGUUGGUCCGAUGGACCGGUUGGACCAACUGGCCUGUUGGUCCGAUGGACCGGUUGGACCAACUGGCCUGUUGGUCCGAUGGACCGGUUGGACCAACUGGCCUGUUGGUCCGAUGGACCGGUUGGACCAACUGGCCUGUUGGUCCGAUGGACCGGUUGGACCAACUGGCCUGUUGGUCCGAUGGACCGGUUGGACCAACUGGCCUGUUGGUCCGAUGGACCGGUUGGACCAACUGGCCUGUUGGUCCGAUGGACCGGUUGGACCAACUGGCCUGUUGGUCCGAUGGACCGGUUGGACCAACUGGCCUGUUGGUCCGAUGGACCGGUUGGACCAACUGGCCUGUUGGUCCGAUGGACCGGUUGGACCAACUGGCCUGUUGGUCCGAUGGACCGGUUGGACCAACUGGCCUGUUGGUCCGAUGGACCGGUUGGACCAACUGGCCUGUUGGUCCGAUGGACCGGUUGGACCAACUGGCCUGUUGGUCCGAUGGACCGGUUGGACCAACUGGCCUGUUGGUCCGAUGGACCGGUUGGACCAACUGGCCUGUUGGUCCGAUGGACCGGUUGGACCAACUGGCCUGUUGGUCCGAUGGACCGGUUGGACCAACUGGCCUGUUGGUCCGAUGGACCGGUUGGACCAACUGGCCUGUUGGUCCGAUGGACCGGUUGGACCAACUGGCCUGUUGGUCCGAUGGACCGGUUGGACCAACUGGCCUGUUGGUCCGAUGGACCGGUUGGACCAACUGGCCUGUUGGUCCGAUGGACCGGUUGGACCAACUGGCCUGUUGGUCCGAUGGACCGGUUGGACCAACUGGCCUGUUGGUCCGAUGGACCGGUUGGACCAACUGGCCUGUUGGUCCGAUGGACCGGUUGGACCAACUGGCCUGUUGGUCCGAUGGACCGGUUGGACCAACUGGCCUGUUGGUCCGAUGGACCGGUUGGACCAACUGGCCUGUUGGUCCGAUGGACCGGUUGGACCAACUGGCCUGUUGGUCCGAUGGACCGGUUGGACCAACUGGCCUGUUGGUCCGAUGGACCGGUUGGACCAACUGGCCUGUUGGUCCGAUGGACCGGUUGGACCAACUGGCCUGUUGGUCCGAUGGACCGUUUGGACCAACUGGCCUGUUGGUCCGAUGGACCGGUUGGACCAACUGGCCUGUUGGUCCGAUGGACCGGUUGGACCAACUGGCCUGUUGGUCCGAUGGACCGGUUGGACCAACUGGCCUGUUGGUCCGAUGGACCGGUUGGACCAACUGGCCUGUUGGUCCGAUGGACCGGUUGGACCAACUGGCCUGUUGGUCCGAUGGACCGGUUGGACCAACUGGCCUGUUGGUCCGAUGGACCGGUUGGACCAACUGGCCUGUUGGUCCGAUGGACCGGUUGGACCAACUGGCCUGUUGGUCCGAUGGACCGGUUGGACCAACUGGCCUGUUGGUCCGAUGGACCGGUUGGACCAACUGGCCUGUUGGUCCGAUGGACCGGUUGGACCAACUGGCCUGUUGGUCCGAUGGACCGGUUGGACCAACUGGCCUGUUGGUCCGAUGGACCGGUUGGACCAACUGGCCUGUUGGUCCGAUGGACCGGUUGGACCAACUGGCCUGUUGGUCCGAUGGACCGGUUGGACCAACUGGCCUGUUGGUCCGAUGGACCGGUUGGACCAACUGGCCUGUUGGUCCGAUGGACCGGUUGGACCAACUGGCCUGUUGGUCCGAUGGACCGGUUGGACCAACUGGCCUGUUGGUCCGAUGGACCGGUUGGACCAACUGGCCUGUUGGUCCGAUGGACCGGUUGGACCAACUGGCCUGUUGGUCCGAUGGACCGGUUGGACCAACUGGCCUGUUGGUCCGAUGGACCGGUUGGACCAACUGGCCUGUUGGUCCGAUGGACCGUUGGACCAACUGGCCUGUUGGUCCGAUGGACCGGUUGGACCAACUGGCCUGUUGGUCCGAUGGACGGUUGGACCAACUGGCCUGUUGGUCCGAUGGACCGGUUGGACCAACUGGCCUGUUGGUCCGAUGGACCGGUUGGACCAACUGGCCUGUUGGUCCGAUGGACCGGUUGGACCAACUGGCCUGUUGGUCCGAUGGACCGGUUGGACCAACUGGCCUGUUGGUCCGAUGGACCGGUUGGACCAACUGGCCUGUUGGUCCGAUGGACCGGUUGGACCAACUGGCCUGUUGGUCCGAUGGACCGGUUGGACCAACUGGCCUGUUGGUCCGAUGGACCGGUUGGACCAACUGGCCUGUUGGUCCGAUGGACCGGUUGGACCAACUGGCCUGUUGGUCCGAUGGACCGGUUGGACCAACUGGCCUGUUGGUCCGAUGGACCGGUUGGACCAACUGGCCUGUUGGUCCGAUGGACCGGUUGGACCAACUGGCCUGUUGGUCCGAUGGACCGGUUGGACCAACUGGCCUGUUGGUCCGAUGGACCGGUUGGACCAACUGGCCUGUUGGUCCGAUGGACCGGUUGGACCAACUGGCCUGUUGGUCCGAUGGACCGGUUGGACCAACUGGCCUGUUGGUCCGAUGGACCGGUUGGACCAACUGGCCUGUUGGUCCGAUGGACCGGUUGGACCAACUGGCCUGUUGGUCCGAUGGACCGGUUGGACCAACUGGCCUGUUGGUCCGAUGGACCGGUUGGACCAACUGGCCUGUUGGUCCGAUGGACCGGUGGACCAACUGGCCUGUUGGUCGAUGGACCGGUUGGACCAACUGGCCUGUUGGUUCGAUGGACCGGUUGGACCAACUGGCCUGUUGGUCCGAUGGACCGGUUGGACCAACUGGCCUGUUGGUCCGAUGGACCGGUUGGACCAACUGGCCUGUUGGUCCGAUGGACCGGUUGGACCAACUGGCCUGUUGGUCCGAUGGACCGGUUGGACCAACUGGCCUGUUGGUCCGAUGGACCGGUUGGACCAACUGGCCUGUUGGUCCGAUGGACCGGUUGGACCAACUGGCCUGUUGGUCCGAUGGACCGGUUGGACCAACUGGCCUGUUGGUCCGAUGGACCGGUUGGACCAACUGGCCUGUUGGUCGAUGGACCGGUUGGACCAACUGGCCUGUUGGUCCGAUGGACCGGUUGGACCAACUGGCCUGUUGGUCCGAUGGACCGGUUGGACCAACUGGCCUGUUGGUCCGAUGGACCGGUUGGACCAACUGGCCUGUUGGUCCGAUGGACCGGUUGGACCAACUGGCCUGUUGGUCCGAUGGACCGGUUGGACCAACUGGCCUGUUGGUCCGAUGGACCGGUUGGACCAACUGGCCUGUUGGUCCGAUGGACCGGUUGGACCAACUGGCCUGUUGGUCCGAUGGACCGGUUGGACCAACUGGCUGUUGGUCCGAUGGACCGGUUGGACCAACUGGCCUGUUGGUCCGAUGGACCGGUUGGACCAACUGGCCUGUUGGUCCGAUGGACCGGUUGGACCAACUGGCCUGUUGGUCCGAUGGACCGGUUGGACCAACUGGCCUGUUGGUCCGAUGGACCGGUUGGACCAACUGGCCUGUUGGUCCGAUGGACCGGUUGGACCAACUGGCCUGUUGGUCCGAUGGACCGGUUGGACCAACUGGCCUGUUGGUCCGAUGGACCGGUUGGACCAACUGGCCUGUUGGUCCGAUGGACCGGUUGGACCAACUGGCCUGUUGGUCCGAUGGACCGGUUGGACCAACUGGCCUGUUGGUCCGAUGGACCGGUUGGACCAACUGGCCUGUUGGUCCGAUGGACCGGUUGGACCAACUGGCCUGUUGGUCGAUGGACCGGUUGGACCAACUGGCCUGUUGGUCCGAUGGACCGGUUGGACCAACUGGCCUGUUGGUCCGAUGGACCGGUUGGACCAACUGGCCUGUUGGUCGAUGGACCGGUUGGACCAACUGGCCUGUUGGUCCGAUGGACCGGUUGGACCAACUGGCCUGUUGGUCGAUGGACCGGUUGGACCAACUGGCCUGUUGGUCCGACGGACCGGUUGGACCAACUGGCCUGUUGGUCCGAUGGACCGGUUGGACCAACUGGCCUGUUGGUCCGAUGGACCGGUUGGACCAACUGGCCUGUUGGUCCGAUGGACCGGUUGGACCAACUGGCCUGUUGGUCCGAUGGACCGGUUGGACCAACUGGCCUGUUGGUCCGAUGGACCGGUUGGACCAACUGGCCUGUUGGUCCGAUGGACCGGUUGGACCAACUGGCCUGUUGGUCCGAUGGACCGGUUGGACCAACUGGCCUGUUGGUCCGAUGGACCGGUUGGACCAACUGGCCUGUUGGUCCGAUGGACCGGUUUGACCAACUGGCCUGUUGGUCCGAUGGACGGUUGGACCAACUGGCCUGUUGGUCCGAUGGACCGGUUGGACCAACUGGCCUGUUGGUCCGAUGGACCGGUUGGACCAACUGGCCUGUUGGUCCGAUGGACCGGUUGGACCAACUGGCCUGUUGGUCCGAUGGACCGGUUGGACCAACUGGCCUGUUGGUCCGAUGGACCGUGUUGGAUCGAUGACCGGUUGGACCAACUGGCCUGUUGGUCGAUGGACCGGUUGGACCAACUGGCCUGUUGGUCCGAUGGACCGGUUGGACCAACUGGCCUGUUGGUCCGAUGGACCGGUUGGACCAACUGGCCUGUUGGUCCGAUGGACCGGUGGACCAACUGGCCUGUUGGUCCGAUGGACCGGUUGGACCAACUGGCCUGUUGGUCCGAUGGACCGGUUGGACCAACUGGCCUGUUGGUCCGAUGGACCGGUUGGACCAACUGGCCUGUUGGUCCGAUGGACCGGUUGGACAACUGGCCUGUUGGUCCGAUGGACCGGUGGACCAACUGGCCUGUUGGUCCGAUGGACCGUUGGACCAAAGGCCUGUUGGUCCGAUGGACCGGUUGGACCAACUGGCCUGUUGGUCCGAUGGACCGGUUGGACCAACUGGCCUGUUGGUCCGAUGGAGGUUGGACCAACUGGCCUGUUGGUCCGAUGGACCGGUUGGACCAACUGGCCUGUUGGUCCAUGGACCGGUUGGACCAACUGGCCUUUGGUCCGAUGGACCGGUUGGACAAACUGGCCUGUUGGUCCGAUGGACCGGUUGGACCAACUGGCCUGUUGGUCCGAUGGACCGGUUGGACCAACUGGCCUGUUGGUCCGAUGGACCGGUUGGACCAACUGGCCUGUUGGUCCGAUGGACCGUUGGACCAACUGGCCUGUUGGUCCGAUGGACCGGUUGGACAAACUGGCCUGUUGGUCCGAUGGACCGGUUGGACCAACUGGCCUGUUGGUCCGAUGGACCGGUUGGACCAACUGGCCUGUUGGUCCGAUGGACCGGUUGGACCAACUGGCCUGUUGGUCCGAUGGACCGGUUGGACCAACUGGCCUGUUGGUCCGAUGGACCGGUUGGACCAACUGGCCUGUUGGUCCGAUGGACCGGUUGGACCAACUGGCCUGUUGGUCCGAUGGACCGGUUGGACCAACUGGCCUGUUGGUCCGAUGGACCGGUUGGACCAACUGGCCUGUUGGUCCGAUGGACAGGUUGGACCAACUGGCCUGUUGGUCCGAUGGACCGGUUGGACCAACUGGCCUGUUGGUCCGAUGGACCGGUUGGACCAACUGGCCUGUUGGUCCGAUGGACCGGUUGGACCAACUGGCCUGUUGGUCCGAUGGACCGGUUGGACCAACUGGCCUGUUGGUCCGAUGGACCGGUUGGACCAACUGGCCUGUUGGUCCGAUGGACCGAUUGGACCAACUGGCCUGUUGGUCCGAUGGACCGUUGGACCAACUGGCCUGUUGGUCCGAUGGACCGGUGGACCAACUGGCCUGUUGGUCCGAUGGACCGGUUGGACCAACUGGCCUGUUGGUUCGACGGACCGGUUGGACCAACUGGCCUGUUGGUCCGAUGGACGGUUGGACCAACUGGCCUGUUGGUCCGAUGGACCGGUUUGGACCAACUGGCCUGUUGGUCCGAUGGACCGGUUGGACCAACUGGCCUGUUGGUCCGAUGGACGGUUGGACCAACUGGCCUGUUGGUCCGAUGGACCGGUUGGACCAACUGGCCUGUUGGUCCGACGGACCGUUGGACCAACUGGCCUGUUGGUCCGAUGGACCGGUUGGACCAACUGGCCUGUUGGUCCGAUGGACCGGUUGGACCAACUGGCCUGUUGGUCCGAUGGACCGGUUGGACCAACUGGCCUGUUGGUCCGAUGGACCGGUUGGACCAACUGGCCUGUUGGUCCGACGGACCGGUUGGACCAAAUGGCCUGUUGGUCCGACGGACCGUUUGGAUCAUUGGAACGGUUGGACCAACUGGCCUGUUGGUCCGAUGGACCGGUUGGACCAACUGGCCUGUUGGUCCGAUGGACCGGUUGGACCAACUGGCCUGUUGGUCCGAUGGACCGGUUGGACCAACUGGCCUGUUGGUCCGAUGGACCGGUGUGGACCAACUGGCCUGUUGGUCCGAUGGACCGGUUGGACCAACUGGCCUGUUGGUCCGAUGGACCGGUUGGACCAACUGGCCUGUUGGUCCGAUGGACCGGUUGGACCAACUGGCCUGUUGGUCCGAUGGACGGUUGGACAAACUGGCUGUUGGUCCGAUGGACCGGUUGGACCAACUGGCCUGUUGGUCCGAUGGACGGUUGGACCAACUGGCCUGUUGGUCCGAUGGACCGGUUGGACCAACUGGCCUGUUGGUCCGAUGGACCGGUUGGACCAACUGGCCUGUUGGUCGAUGGACCGGUUGGACCAACUGGCCUGUGGUCCGAUGGACCGGUUGGACCAACUGGCCUGUUGGUCCGAUGGACCGGUUGGACCAACUGGCCUGUUGGUCCAUGGACCGGUUGGACCAACUGGCUGUUGGUCCGAUGGACCGGUGGACCAACUGGGCCUGUUGGUCCGAUGGACCGGUUGGACCAACUGGCCUGUUGGUCCGAUGGACCGGUUGGACCAACUGGCCUGUUGGUCCGAUGGACCGGUUGGACCAACUGGCCUGUUGGUCCGAUGGACGGUUGGACCAACUGGCCUGUUGGUCCGAUGGACCGGUUGGACCAAACUGGCCUGUUGGUCCGAUGGACCGGUUGGACCAACUGGCCUGUUGGUCCGAUGGACGGUUUGGACCAACUGGCCUGUUGGUCCGAUGGACGGUUGGACCAACUGGCCUGUUGGUCCGAUGGACCGGUUGGACCAAAUGGCUGUUGGUCCGAUGGACCGGUUGGACCAACUGGCCUGUUGGUCGAUGGACCGGUUGGACCAACUGGCCUGUUGGUCCGAUGGACCGGUUGGACCAACUGGCCUGUUGGUCGAUGGACCGGUUGGACCAACUGGCCUGUUGGUCCGAUGGACCGGUUGGACCAAUGGCCUGUUGGUCCGAUGGACCGGUUGGACCAACUGGCCUGUUGGCCGAUGGACCGGUUGGACCAACUGGCCUGUUGGUCCGAUGGACCGGUUGGACCAACUGGCCUGUUGGUCCGAUGGACCGGUUGGACCAACUGGCCUGUUGGUCCGAUGGACCGGUUGGACCAACUGGCCUGUUGGUCCGAUGGACCGUUGGACCAACUGGCCUGUUGGUCCGAUGGACCGGUUGGACCAACUGGCCUGUUGGUCCGAUGGACCGGUUGGACCAACUGGCCUGUUGGUCCGAUGGACCGGUUGGACCAACUGGCCUGUUGGUCCGACGGACCGGUUGGACCAACUGGCCUGUUGGUCCGAUGGAGGUUGGACCAACUGGCCUGUUGGUCCGAUGGACCGGUUGGACCAACUGGCCUGUUGGUCCGAUGGACCGUUGGACCAACUGGCCUGUUGGUCCGAUGGACCGGUUGGACCAACUGGCCUGUUGGUCCGACGGACCGGUUGGACCAACUGGCCAGUUGGUCCGAUGGACCGUUUGGACCAACUGGCCUGUUGGUCCGACGGACCGUCUGGAUCAUUGAACCGGUUGGACCAACUGGCCUGUUGGUCAAUGGGACCGGUUGGACCACUGGCCUGUUGGUCCGAUGGACCGGUUGGACCAACUGGCCUGUUGGUCCGAUGGACCGGUUGGACCAACUGGCCUGUUGGUCCGAUGGACCGGUUGGACCAACUGGCCUGUUGGUCCGAUGGACCGGUUGGACCAACUGGCCUGUUGGUCCGAUGGACCGGUUGGACCAAUUGGCCUGUUGGUCCGAUGGACCGGUUGGACCAACUGGCCUGUUGGUCCGAUGGACCGGUUGGACCAACUGGCCUGUUGGUCCGAUGGACCGGUUGGACCAACUGGCCUGUUGGUCCGAUGGACCGGUUGGACCACUGGCCUGUUGGUCCGAUGGACCGGUUGGACCAACUGGCCUGUUGGUCCGAUGGACCGGUUGGGACAACUGGCAUGUUGGUCCGAUGGACCGGUUGACCAACUACAUGUUGGCCUGUUGGUCCGACGGACCGUUUGGACCAACUGGCCUGUUGGUCCGAUGGAUCGGUUGGACCAACUGGCCUGUUGGUCCGAUGGACGGUUGGACCAACUGGCCUGUUGGUCAAACGAUUCGGUUGGACCAACUGGCCUGUUGGUCCGAUGGACCGGUUGGACCAACUGGCCUGUUGGUCCGAUGGACCGGUUGGACCAACUGGCCUGUUGGUCCGAUGGACCGGUUGGACCAACUGGCCUGUUGGUCCGAUGGACCGGUUGGACCAACUGGCCUGUUGGUCGAUGGACCGGUUGGACCAACUGGCCUGUUGGUCGAUGGACCGGUUGGACCAACUGGCCUGUUGGUCCGAUGGACCGUUGGACCAACUGGCCUGUUGGUCCGAUGGACGGUUGGACCAACUGGCCUGUUGGUCCGAUGGACCGGGGACCAACUGGCCUGUUGGUCCGAUGGACCGGUUGGACCAACUGGCCUGUUGGUCCGAUGGACCGGUUGGACCAACUGGCCUGUUGGUCCGAUGGACCGGUUGGACCAACUGGCCUGUUGGUCCGAUGGACCGGUUGGACCAACUGGCCUGUUGGUCGAUGGACCGGUUGGACCAAUGGCCUGUUGGUCCGAUGGACCGGUUGGACCAACUGGCCUGUUGGUCCGAUGGACCGGUUGGACCAACUGGCCUGUUGGUCCGAUGGACCGGUUGGACCAACUGGCCUGUUGGUCGAUGGACCGGUUGGACCAACUGGCCUGUUGGUCCGAUGGACCGGUUGGACCAACUGGCCUGUUGGUCCGAGGACCGGUUGGACCAACUGGCCUGUGGUCCGAUGGGACCGGUUGGACCAACUGGCCUGUUGGUCGAUGGACCGGUUGGACCAACUGGCUGUUGGUCCGAUGGACCGGUUGGACCAACUGGCCUGUUGGUCCGAUGGGACCGGUUGGACCAACUGGCCUGUUGGUCAAUGGACCGGUUGGACCAACUGGCCUGUUGGUCCGAUGGACCGUUGGACCAACUGGCCUGUUGGUCCGAUGGACCGGUUGGACCAACUGGCCUGUUGGUCCGAUGGACCGGUUGGACCAACUGGCCUGUUGGUCCGACGGACCGGUUGGACCAACUGGCCUGUUGGUCCGAUGGACCGGUUGGACAACUGGCCUGUUGGUCCGAUGGACCGGUUGGACCAACUGGCCUGUUGGUCCGAUGGACCGGUGGACCAACUGGCCUGUUGGUCCGAUGGACCGGUGGACCAACUGGCCUGUUGGUCCGAUGGACGGUUGGACCAACUGGCCUGUUGGUCCAUGGACCG